AUGUUGUUUAUCAAUCAAUAUCAGAGCACACGUCGUCUGUUUUUUGUUUUGUUUCUGACCCUCGUUCUGUAUGUUAUAUCAAAGAGGUCGCCUAAUGACUACCUGUACUCUCUUCCUGCUCAGGUUAUUUGAAAUCGAUAUUUAGAGCCACCUGUUGCUUUUAGGUGUGGAGCUCGCAAAUAAAAAGAGAUUUUGAAGCGACAUUCGAUUGUCUUCAAAAAGGCGUCGACCAACUUUCAAACUUUAAACAGGUUAGGAGUAUGAUACUUUUGAAUAUUUCUUAAAUAGAUUAUUAUGUGAUAUAGGAAUAUAAGCUUUUGUUUUAACAAAAUUAAUUAAAUGCUCAAUCCCGUAGGUUUUCGAUUAUAGUGCUUUCAAAAUGCCUCCCUGAGAGAAAAAAACCAUUUAUCUUUUUAUGAUAACUAAGAACAAAUGUGUGAAAAUGUUCCAAAAAAAGUUUCAAAAGGUGAGAGUUUCUGGUGUGGUCCAACAUCGGAGCAAUCGCUGGGAACUGUCGGAGGGCGUCUCCAUUUUCAAACCUCGAGAUUCUUGAACUCCCUUCUGCGAACGGCUUGAGACUGCACGUCAAGUCCAGCGACGUCCGUUCAAAAAAACGAUAAAAAGACAUCUGAAGUCUUUAGAAAUCUCAAGUGGUGCUUCUCUCUCUGGGAAUCGGGGGUGAUGUUUCUGCAGAGAAAAAGUUUUACCAGGUUUCUGAAAUUCCUCGAAACCAACUCUAUUUUUCGCAUUCACGAGUUUUGAUGAGCGACCGCAAGUUUUCGGCGCGGAUCCCAUUUCAGAGGAAAACCGCAAACUUUUCACUGAUUUCGGAAUUUUUGUGCCUGUCAGUGUUGGCGACGCCGUCUCCUUAGAAGAUGCCAAAAAAGUCAUCGACGGUGGUUUUUUUUGAGUAUUGCUUUCCCGUCGAUCUUAAUGUUUGCAGACAAGAAAGAAGAUUCGAUGAUUGUGGAGAUUGACUUGAAGACGUUCCUUGACGGCUUCAUGCGGAGGCCUUUGGUUGACAACGUCUGGGUCAACAACAACGAGUGGAAUGUCGCCAAGUACUUUGUCGGGGAACCUUUGUUCUCCACAGCCGUCUGCCAGGCCGAUUUUUCAGGUUUUUCUGAGUUUUUUGUCACAGAAACUGGCUCGCAAAUUUUUUUCACACAAAGGUUUUUUUCUCUAAAUUCUAGAACCCACCACGUAUUCUUCAGCUGAUGGAAAGUUGCUCAAGUUUGAAAGAAAUGUUUAUAUAUAUAAACGUGUUUACAUAUUUUCAAAAUUUUUGUUCAUUUUUGUCUUAAAGUCUACUUUAUAAUUGAUUCAGCUGCAUACACAUCCACUGAAAAAUCACCUAAAUGAAACGUCCAAAUUUGUGCGUGGAAUCGUUUCCGACAAAAGAUUUUGUGAGCUUUCCGACCAUUUUAUGGAUCUGGAUCUGGUUUUCAGUAAUUCUUCGAGCUCAGAUGAACGGGUCAACACUUUCCUUGCUCUUGGUCAACGUGGUAAACCAGCGAUGUAUUGAGAAAUAUUUGAAAUUUAAAGAGGAAUAAAGUUUUCCAUUCAAAAAGGUCAAUCAACUACAGUUGAAAGAACAAACUAUUUAAAAAUAAAGUUAUUUGAAAACGAUUUUUGAGAAUCCAUUGAAUUAACUUGCCUAACUUUUAACUCUGUGUUAUUAUAUGUAAUGACAAGCUGCAAGGUUCAGUUAAACUAUGGAAGUUUGCAACGGAUUCGAUCAAACAAGUCUGAAAUUUCGACAGGAAUUUUUUUUACAAACAGCUGUCCAUACAGAACUGAAGGGGGAAAGAAUGUCGGGCACAAGUCAAGGAGAAGCGAGUCAUGCGGUCGCGCAGCUCGGCGCCCUACAUCUUUUCUUUGUUCCUGGCUAUUCUCUUUUUCGUCUUCAUCAGGCAGUAUCGGGUAUGAAAAUCUUCUCUUAAAGUCAUAGUAAUGCUGCUUUAUUUGUUUAUCGGACAACUAUUAAUUUGGUAUUUUUCCAGUUACAUGUUUCUUUGCCUUGGAUUCCAAGGUCGCCAGCAGCCGCCAACUUUUCCAUUUGGCACGACUGUCUGGCAAAAAACAUUUCAGCCUACGAGAAGGAUCCUAAAGGGGUUUUUUUUUCCAUUUAUAAGAUAUUUGUAAUUUCAGAAAAGUUUGCGUGUCUUUGGGAGGGCUAACCACCAAAGUUUUAGUUGUGGGGCAACCUGUGGCGAGGAAUCAAAAAGUGCGAGCUGCUUCCCGGAAUGAAGAACCUUCCAAUCGAGGACUUUCGCAACGGCGACGAGACCAAGCGACACAUUUUGCCGCUAGAUGUGAGUUUGGAGUGUUUUUCACAGUGUACACUGAGUGACUGAAGAACUCACCAUGUACCAUCAUCACCUUGGGCGUCGGACAUGACACCAAAGCUGAAGAAGCGCUCGUCGAGGUUACAACCACAAAUUUGCCUUUUGAAUGUUUUUUUGCUAGAAGUUGUCCAGUGACAGCGAGUUUUUUUCGGCGCCGACCCUGUUCAAGAAAUCAACGAGGAGCUCUACACAAAGUUUGGCAAAUUCUUUCAUUUUGCCGUUGGAGCCACGCCAGGUCUCACUGCGUCUAGCGUCUUGA